CAAUAAACUCCUUUUCUGAAUUCCACAAUCCAAAGAAACUUUCAGCUUCACCAAGAUCAACUUCAAGUUACGAAAAAAAAUUCAAGAGACGAGAAGAUGGAAGUGAUAUGGGAUACCGAAAAGAUUUACGUUGAUCUUCCAUUGGCCAGUAUGACACUUGGAAGUUUAAAAAGUUAUUUAUCAUCUAAAACAGGCGUCUUACCUAACCAAAUGAAACUAUACAUGAAUGGAGGAUUAAUGAAAGACAAUUUAACACCUUUAAGUGCAUAUCAAAAUGAGAUGAGUCAAACUUCAGAAGAAUCAAAUCCAGAAGAAUCCAUUGAAAAUAAAUCAAGUUUUUGGAGUGGGAUCUUAGGAGGAAUUAAAAAAAAUAAAAAACCUUUGAUGAAGAUUAGGAUGAUUGGAUCGAUUGAAACUAAAGGGUUUGUGAUUGAUCGAAGUGAUUUAGAAUCUCAUCGGUUCAACAAUCCAAGCGAACCUUCAAACAAUCAUUCAAGUUUUUCAAGAUCUCAUUCGAAUUCUAAUCAACCUAGUCUUACAAAUGAAACGAAUUCGAUCACAGAGAUUCGAGAGUUAACUAACCAAACCGUUUUGAAUUUAAGACCUAAAGUUGAAGAACUUGAAGCAUCCGUUCAAGCUGAUGAUCAAGAACCCAAAACUUGGGAUUCGAAUCAACUUCAAUCUUUUUCAACUGUUUCUGAAAUGUUAUUACAAAGUUUAUUGAAAUUAGAUGGAUUUGAAAUUGAUGUAGAAUGGAAUGAAGCAAGAGCUGCACGUAAAGAAAGUGUUAAACUUGUUCAAUCUCUCUUAGAUCGACUGGAUCAAGCUAAAGCCAAUCAAACUCAAAAAUGA